AUACUUAAUGGUAACGUUGAAGGUAGAGCAAGGUGCGGAAUGGCCUAUGUGGAGUCUCUCCUGCCCAAGUGCACCUCUUUCUCACAUGUGAAGCAGCUCCAAGCUCAUCUUAUAACCACCGGCCUCUUCCACUUCUACCCAUCGCGCGCCAAAUUCCUCGACUUCUGCGCCGCCUCAGCCGCCGGCAGCUUCCAAUACGCUGCCUUCAUCUUCCGGCGCAUCCCCUUACCCUGCACCAAUGACUGGAACGCCAUCAUCCGCGGCCUCGCCCAGAGCGACCAGCCAAUUGACGCCGUCGCGUGCUACGUCCGAAUGUUACGCGCGCGUUGCAACCCCGACGCUCUCACCUGCUCCUUUACGCUCAAGGCCUGCGCCCGUGCCCUUGCCCGAUUCCCGACGGUUCAAAUCCAUUCCGGCGUCGUCCGGUUCGGGUUCAGCUCCGAUAUCCUGCUCCGCACGACUUUGCUCGAUGCAUAUGCGAAAUGCGGGGACCUGGAUCACGCUCGCAAGGUGUUUGAAGAAAUGGAGAUGAGAGAUGUAGCUAGCUGGAACGCGUUGAUUGCCGGGUUGGCUCAGGGGAACCGCCCCAGUGAAGCUUUGGAGCUUUUCAAGAAGAUGAGGGAAGCAAAUAUUGAGCCCAACGACGUAACCGUGCUGGGCGCUCUCUCUGCGUGUUCACAGUUGGGAGCGAUUACAGAAGGCCAGAAGGUCCACGAAUAUAUUAGAAUGAAGAAUCUUGGCUACAAUGUGAUCGUAUGCAAUGCUGUUAUCGACAUGUAUGCAAAAUGUGGAUUUGUAGACAGAGCUCACCAAGUGUUCGAUGAAAUGAGAUGCUCAAAAAGCCUAGUUACAUGGAAUACCAUGAUCAUGGCUCUAGCAAUGCACGGAGAUGGAGUUAAAGCACUUGAGCUUUUCGAAAGAAUGGCUCAGACUGGAAUGAAGCCAGACAGUGUGAGUUAUUUAGCAGCAUUAUGUGCAUGUAACCACUCUGGCAUGGUGGAGGAAGGCAUGAAACUAUAUCAAUCAAUGGAGAAAUAUGGCGAGAGCAAGAAAGUGAAGCACUAUGGUACCAUGGUAGACCUGUUAGGGAGAGCUGGGCGGUUAAAGGAAGCAUACCACAUUAUAGUGACAAUGCCUAUGGCUCCAGAUAUGGUACUAUGGCAGACCCUACUCGGGGCCUGUAAGACUUAUGGCAAUGUGGAUAUGGCAGAGAAGGCAGCCGACAAGCUCAUUGAAAUGGGAUCAAACAGUUGUGGGGAUUUCGUGUUGCUUUCCAAUCUGUACGCCUCACACAAGAGGUGGGCAGAUGUAGGAAGAGUGAGGCAGGCCAUGAAGAACAGGGAUGUCAAGAAGGUUCCCGGUUUUAGCUAUGUCGAAGUUAAUGGUGUAAUGUACAAGUUUGUUAAUGGCGAUAAAAGCCAUCCAGACUGGAUCGCGAUCUAUGGGAAGCUUGAUGAGAUUUGGGUCAGAAUAAGCGAGUAUGGGUAUGUGCCCGAAACAAAUUAUGUGUUGCAUGAUAUAGAGCAGGAGGAUAAGGAGAAUGCCCUGUCUUACCAUAGUGAGAAGUUGGCAGUAGCUUUUGCUUUGAUUAGUACAGGUGAUAGAACACCUAUCAGUGUAAAUAAGAACAUCAGAAUAUGUGGAGAUUGCCACAUUGUGAUCAAGCUUGUUUCAAAGAUAUAUGAGAGGGAAAUCAUUGUCAGGGAUAGGACUCGAUUUCACAGAUUCAAGGAUGGAUCUUGUUCUUGUAGAGAUUAUUGGUGAAGUUGCUUUAUAAUUUAUAUUUCUUGAAAGUGUUCA